AUGACGGAUUCCGUGGUGGUGGAGGGUCACGUCAAGUUGAGAGACGGAAAAAAGUGGAAGAGUAGGUGGCUGGUGCUGCGCAAGCCCUCCCCGGUGGCAGUUUUGCUUCUUUUAGACUGUUUGCUCAUGCUGGUGUACAAGGAUAAAUCUGAACGAGCAAAAGGGCAUAAGGAGAGGAGCAGCAUGACCUUAGAAGACAUCUGUGGCUUGGAUCCUGGGCUCUCCUAUGAGGGCUUGAAUCACACGCUUGCAAUCAUCUGCCUCUCUCAAGUUGUGAUGCUGGGAUUUGAGAACAAGGAAACAAUGUAUGCGUGGGAUGUUCGAAUCCGCUACAGUUUGGGGGAAGUUCAUAGAUUUCAAGUUUUUGUAGCACCUGGCACUAAACUAGAGAGUGGGCCUGCUACCCUGCAUUUCUGCAAUGACAUUCUCGUCCUUGUGAAAGACCUUCCUCCUGUUGUGAUGGGACAGUGGAAGCUCUCAGAUCUGCGGCGAUAUGGAGCUGUCCCAAAUGGAUUCAUCUUUGAAGGAGGUACCAGGUGUGGCUUCUGGGCUGGUGUUUUUUUCCUUUCUUGUGCUGAAGGAGAGCAGAUCAGCUUUCUGUUCGACUGUAUCGUCCGCGGCAUCUCCCCGACGAAAGGCCCUUUUGGUUUGCGUCCAGUCCUACCAGAUCCAAGUACAAAUCCAGCCUAUUCAGAAGAAAGAUUGGCUCACGAAGCUUUACAAUUAGAAAAGCGCUUGAGCUUGCUCUCUCAUACAAGUCGUCAGGGCAGUGGAGGAGAUGACAGAAGCCUUUCAAGCUCAUCUUCAGAUACCAGCCACUCGGAUGUUAGUGUUGGGAGCAGACUGACAAUUUGGCCUGAACAGUCUUCAGCCAGCACUUCUCAAGAGAGUCACGGACUGGCAGCUGCAAAGGGCAUUCAUCUUGGGGAAGAAAAGACUCUUCCAGAAGGGGCACGUGGCACCACUAAGCCACCUCCAAAGCCCCUCAGAUCCAGACAGCUACAGGAAAUAGGUCGUCAGAGUUCUUCUGACAGUGGAAUUGCUACUGGAAGUCACUCUUCUUAUUCUGGAAGCUUCUCUUCCUAUGCUGGGAGCUUGGACAUUUGCCACGGUGAUGAGUUUGGAUCAUUGCUAAGCUUGCCAUUGAACUUUCCUUCGGAUCAGAGUUUAUGUACUUGUCCUCACGGUGAGCCCCAGAGAGGUGUGGGAUCAGAGUACCAGGUUCCCAGCUCGCUCAGACAUAUUUAUGAUAUACCCAGGAGUUUGUUACAGGCAGCUUCUAAAGAUGUACAGCCGAAGAGUGCAGAUUCCACACUAUCUAAGGACCAGGCCCUGUCACCUCAAGGUGCUAGCGACCCAAAACUGCUACUGCCGCUCUUGGAAGCAAGGAGGGUACCUGAGCAGAGCCAGGACAGAGGGAGGCCUUCAUCCUUACUCGCAGAAAGCAGAAAGGACUCGAGUGAUGAGACAUAUGUGGAUUUGGUUUCGAGGUGGUCAGACACAAAACCACAAGGACAGGUGUCAGACUCCAAAAGUAGUGAAUUGUCACUACCUAGUGGGGCCUCAGCUGACCCCUGUGACACAUGUAGCCCCCACCUUGGGAUGACAAGAGCUCUUUUUUCAGCUUGUCCAAUCUGUGGUGGACUAAAGGGAACAGGAAUAUUACAGUCUGGAGUCUUACCAGCGUUAUCAGGGGGUGCUUCUGUCAUGGCAGCUUCUGGGUCUUUGAAAGUACACAGAGGCCACAGUGUCCAAGUUGGUCCUAAAAGUGGACAUGAGAUGCUGACGCUUCCUCCAGAACCUGGAACUCCUGCUAGCCCUGAGGAACCUGAAGGGGCAGUAGGUUAUUCAGCUGAUGUCCCUACAUCAGAUCGACCCCACAGUGAGACAGCCACCUACGUUAAUAUUCCUGUCAGCCCGACUUCCAAAAAACAGCUUCAUUACAUGGAACUGGAACUUCAAGAACCCAGCACGAGCAUACGAGGGAGUGGAUCAUCUCGAUAUGCACAGAUUGACAUUGCAGCUACCGAGACAGCCCACAAAGUGGGAACGCAGCACGCUCAGUGCCGGGAGGAACGCUUGCAGGAGUUAGAGCAGAAGAAGAAAGGGGCUCAGCAGUGA